AGUCAAGAGUGGAUUUUGGAUUUUCGAUUUUGGAUUAGCUGGAACAUAGGACAUUACAUCAUCAUGAAAUUCUACCUGGCACUGGCGGCAAUCGUGGUCGUGAUGGCUUCGGCAGAGGCCACCUUUGGCAAGCUUAAUCUUCUCCUGGGCGGCGCCUCCACCGCUGGCUAUGGAUCUGGAUACGCUGGCUAUGGUUCUGGCUAUGGAUCAGGCUAUGGAUACGGAUCAGGAUAUGGAUCAGGCUAUGGUUCCGGCUAUGGAUACGCUCCCGAGAACGUGGUGAAGGUGAUCAAGGUCUCCGUGGUGCCGGGAGGAGGAGUCGGCGGAGGCUAUGGUGGUGGUUAUUCCGGUGGCUAUGGAGGCGGCUACUCCGGUGGCUACUCCGGUGGCUUUGUGGGCGCUGCUCCGGCCAUCUCCACCUCGGCUGUGGUCACUCCGGUGGUCACUGCGGUGUCCACACCGGUGGCCACUCCUGUGUUGGCCGGUGGUGCCGGCUAUGUGAGUGGUUUCGGUGGCGGACUGGGCGGAGGAUUGGGAGGAUUGGGUGGAGGAUAUGGAGGCUAUGGAGGAUCCUUCGGCGGUGGUGCCGCCCUGCCCGCCUCCUACGGAUUUGGAGCCGGCUAUGGAGCAGGCGGUGGCUUCGGACUGGGAUUCGGAGCACCACCACCACCUCUCGGUCUGGCCGGAGGACUCUGCUAGACAACGAGGAGGCCACAGCAUCCAGUGGUGUUUUUUUUUCAUAAUCCUAAACAACGAUUUG